CGUUCUCGCCAUUUAAACCACCACAGCGUGUGUGACAAUCACAUUUGCACUCAACAACUCAGCAAUUCUCUCAAUUAUAUCCAUUAUAUCCAUUUGAACCAGGUAUUAUUUCGGAUAUCGGGUUCGUACUUCAAAAUGCACUUUUCUAGCUAAAGAAAAAAAUAAUUUGCCCAUAACUAGAGUUAAGUACUCACUUACUCGAUAGCUUGACGAAUAAACAACAAAAUGGCCUCUCAGCUGAAAGGCUUCGAAACCCUCACCGAAGGCACCCACCAAUCCCCCAGCGGCUCUCUCAUCUCAUUCUCCCAUACCCCCGCCUCAACCCACCACCCCAACUCCCCAAUCCUCCUCCUUCUCCACGGCUGGCCGCAAGACCGUUACAUCUGGCGCUACGCCAUCCCCCCGUUAUCCUCCUUAGGCUACACCCUCUUCGUCCCGGACCUUCCCGGCUAUGGUCACAGCACGCUCCCCACGGCUCCCUCCGCCACCAAACACGACCGUAUCACCGUCGGAACCUCCCUUCUCUCAGCCGUCAGGUCUGUUUACCCCGACUCUCCUGAAUCAGACAUCGUCCUCAUCGCCCAUGAUCGCGGCGCCCGCGUUGCACAACGUUUUGCCAUGGAUGAUCCGGAAAGCAAUAGGAUCCGCGGUGUUUUGCUGUUAGAUAUAGUCCCCUACGCCGCACAAUGGGACGCCGCGGCCCAAAAUCCGCGGAACAUGACGGCUUACUUCCACUGGGCGUUCCUGCCCGCUAUGGCGAUAAGUAUACCGCUGAUCCGCACAUACGGCGGCGGUAAGUUCUGCCGGGACAUUCUACUAAAGACCGUCGGCGACAACGCGAAAGGGCGGGAGUCGUUUUUCGCCGAUGGGGCGGUGGAGCAUUACUCUGAAUUAUAUCAGCAGGACAAGGUGAAUGAGGGGGCGGCGCUGGAUUACAAGGCAGGAAGUGAGGAGUAUUGGGAGAGGGAGGUUGAGGAUCGGAGGUUAGGCAGGAAGGUCGGGGUGAGGACUUGGGUGGUGUAUAGUGAAAGGAAUUUGAGGGCGAUGCAUGAUGUACCUAAAGUGUGGAAGGAAUGGGUUGAGCAGGGAAUGUUGGAGCUUCAUGGGAUUGGGGAGGGGGUCGGGCAUUAUUUGCCGGAGGAGGCGCCAGGGGAGGUGAAUAGAUAUAUUGAGGAGUUUUUGAAGGGGUUGGGACUCUAGACUAGGCUGUUUAGACCUUGAAAGCUAUGGGACUGCAACUAUACCAAAUGGAAGACGCAUAUCUUAAAUAGUCUCUGGGGGCCUCUACACGGUUCAAUGAAUGAAGUUGGCCAUCAGGUCCUUCAGUACAGAGCGGUAAGCGGUCC